AUGAUUCGUGGGCAGCAGGACAAACGUGGCGAUGGGGCUGAGGGCUUUUCACACUCUCCCUCAACUUCAAAGCGCCGCACAGGCCGCGAUGCGGCGGCUUGGAACGAUCCAGAGCUCUUCGGAGCGGAGGAAGAAGAGGAAAAUAGACACGAUCGAGACCGCGUAAACCGUCACAGAGGGAAACCGGACAAAAUACCUACGACUGCUGAGAAGGCGAGGAUUCCGGGUACCUUGUCUGCCUCUGAAGAGUCAGACCAAGAGGCGAAAGAAACUCUUGCCGAUGCAGCAACAGCAGCAGGAGCAGGGGCCGGUGGUCACAGCCAGAGGCGGACCCGCCAGCCCCCGCUGAGCGCUGCAUGCUUCCUGCAGUCGCCUGAGGGGGCCCCUGCAGAUGGCCUUUUGUCCUUGUACUGCAAUUUGAACUACGCGCGAGACAAACUGCACAGGUUCAAGUUCUUUGACAGAAAUACAGCGCGCGAGGCGAGGAAACAGGAGUACAGGGAGGAAUUGAAGGCAGCGCAGGCGCUGCUGGCUAUGAACGCGCGCCAACUGCACCAGCAGCCCAGGCAAACAGAAGAGCUGUUGCAAGCAGAGAUAACCGUGCGGACGCGCAAGCGGCAGUUGGCUCGUCUUGCAGGAGAGGAGCGUCUGGAGCUGCGAGAGGACUUGAACACUUUACUGAGGGAAAUAAGAGAAGGCAUUAUUGCAUUCUACCCCUACAAUGAACACAUUUCCCGAUUAGCUCGACGACUUGAUAAGAUCAGCGCACAGCCGGAAAUGUGGGCUCAGUACAGACCCCGCCUCGUGCAGCUGCACCUCACAAGUUUUCUUAACAAAUGGAUGGACAGCGGCUGUCCCCCGGAUCCGUAUGCACUGUUGCAGAAGCAGAUGUGUGGCGACACAGCAGAAGUAGCAGCAGCAGCGGAUGCAGAGACCGGGGGUCCCUCGUCGUACAUGGAGGAGGAUUUUAGAGGGACCCCCGAUGUACAUAUGGAAGAAGAAUAUCCAUUUCCAGAUGAAUCAUUUGCUCGAGCAAAACCCACAGCGUCUACAAAUGCAUCAGUCCCAGCACAUCUCGACACAGGGAAGGCUGCAUCAGGUGAGGCCUCUGGUCAACCAGCAGCAGAAACCUCCGCUGCAAAGGUUGCUGAAGGAGGCCCCCCUU